AUGUCAUCGUCUCCCUUCCCUCAGAUGCUCAAACGAGCCCACAUCUCCACUUACGACCCCCUCAUCACCCGGAUAUACACCUCCACUCCAUCUUCCAAGUCGCAGCAUUCCGAUUGGGGACUCAAAUUCCCUGUACCUAUCAAGAAAGGCCCACGAUAUAUCAAGUUCAACUCGCUCGAUGCUGGACCAGGGGUAAAUUGCGAUUGGCGAUCUGGCGAGAGGGAAGCUAGGUUCGUCCAGGCUUGGGGUGAUGGUACGGUCAGAUGGCAGAACGAAGAUGAAGUUCAAUCCCUACCAUUCCUCACCAAAGCUCAAACGGCAGCUUUCAGUCGAAAUGCCCAAUCGGACGAUUACCUCACUGAACAAAUACCUUCUUCGGAAAGUGCGGAAGAUCAAUUGUGGAUGAAAGAUGUCGAAUCGAUGAGUGAGAAAGAAUUCGAGCUUUAUUUAGAGAAGAUCAGAAAAGGUAGAAAACAGUUCUUGGAUCAGAAAUUGAAUGAUAUUUCUACAUCUAUCAAAGAAACUUUAGUACUUCCUGAAGAUAAUACUUUGAUCCACCUUUCCUAUACCGGUAAAACUCCUUCAAACUCUACGUUAAAUUAUCAAGCUGCGCUUACGACCUCUGAACUGAGGGAUGUACGAUCGAACAAGUUGAACUCGAAACCCCACCGAACCAAUGGAUUGGUCUAUUCUGCCAAACCUACUUCGUCGAAUGAAUAUUUAGAAACGUCAAGUAAGAAAGGAAGGGUGUUAAAUAAAGUAUCGAGAUAUGAUAAUACCCAAAACGCAUUCAGACCUUUGAUGGGAGGAGGGGGAAAUAAUUUACCUUGGAUCGUCAGUUUGGGAGGUCUAACUGGUAAGACGAUUACAAACAAUAAUCGAUUCACGGAUUCGAACGUUGGCGGUAAUGCGUAUAUGAAUAAUUCGAUUGAUCAGACGGAUUAUACACGAUCUGACACAUCGGCGGGUGUAGGUAAAUUCAGGAUUGGCAGAGCUGAGAUGGGAUCCAAUCCUCCUAGCGUAUUGGCUUUGAAGGAUAGUAAAUAUACGAAUAAUGGAACGAAGUUGACAGGAAGAUGGAGACAAUCUACGGCAAACCAACCAUCACCUCUUGAUACCUUCAGAUUCGAUAUCGAUCUGUCUAUUACAGAUAUUGAAUCGGAGGUGGAAGGCGCUGAAGCAGGAGUAGGUCAACCAGGAUCGAGAGAAUGGGUAGGAAAUGAAAGUAAAUUGAAUAAAUUGACGACGGAUAGCUGGCAAGAUGAAUUGAACCUUGGUGGACCUAGAAGAGAUAGACAAAAAGGUGAAGCUUUAGAUAAGUUGAAGAAAAGAGAGAGAGAGGCGACGAAAGAGACGAUGAGCAGGUUACAUAGGUUGUUGAACAAACAUAAGGUGGAUGCUGAAGUCAAGGAGACAGAGGAUGGUCAGUAG